AUGGCCAAAGAGACGGGUUCGAAGAGCGAAUCACGUACCAAGGCCUUGGGCCAUCCAUAUGACUAUCAACGACUGAAGAAAAGCAAUUCUCAUCAAGCGUUGGAUAAUCCCGAUUGGCGAACUCGCCCUUCCGGUAGUGGCAGCUCACCAACGCUGGAUGAGGAGCAGGCUUGGAGGAAUCUGAUAGGUUCUGGGAAACAAUGGAUUGGAAUGGAUGCAUUCCCGGCCACUCCAUCCGCUGAGGAAAAGAAACACGAGGUCCGUCUUCAGAAGGCAAACGACGUGCCACAAGAUCGCGUAACGGUCAGCAACGACUUGAGAUACCAUCGACGGAAUGUUUUUGCGCUGUCUUCCGAAUUGGAACCAAAGAUCAUACAGACCAUGGAAGAAGAACAGCCUAUUCCAUAUGGGAUAUUGAAGCAAGUGUGCCUUUCGUCUUCGAAAGAACAUCCCCUGAGCCUCUUGGAAGUUGCACCAUUGCGAAGCAUCCCUAGCUUUUUGUCUCCAACUGUUGUGGACAUUCGGCCUCUGAAGGGAAAUUUGAUGCAAAAGAAGCCAGGCAAUGGCCAGGACGAGCAACUUACCGCAGCGCUCAAAGCUGCCGAGGUCACACCUCACAAAGUUCGAGUGCACAUGAGCCAGCGAAGUCGUCAAAGCGAGACGAAAAUGAAGCAUGCCGUAGCGGACGAAUUGCGAGCACGAAAGGGUAUUUUCGAACUACCAGACCUUGUCACUGCGCAAAGGAACAGAGCUAAAGAUUGCUCUGACGCAAAUCGAUUGUCCCCCAGCCAGACAGCACGUUUGGUGAACGAAGAGAGGCCUACGGAGGUGUUUGAGACUGAAAAAGACCAGGCUUUUCAAAGAUUUCUAAAGAAACUAGCACAGAGGAACAAAGAUUUGCCAAGUGACAAACUACAGGGACGAGACAGGGUGGACAGCGGCUACGAAGAUGGCUCAAAGGAAGAGCAGAGCGGAGGCUCAACAGAAACCUGCGUCUUGAGAUACCGGACACAUGGGGGCAAUGAACGACAGCAAGUAUCUUCGGAGAUUUUCGCAAGCCACCGGAAACGAGGAGCUGAGAUUUCCCACAAAGAGGACUCAAGCCUCCCAGCAGAGCAAUCUACUAAAUUCAAGAGCCUGAACCCCAAAGCGCGAGAGUUUCUCUCGUUUGUCUCCAACCGAAGCUCCAACUCGGAAGACGACAAUAUGGAGCCCCUUCAGCCCUUUGCCCCGGAGCCCUUUGCCAGCAAGAGUGAUCAUGUCAAUGCUAUGUAUCUGGCAGGACUUGGUCUGCCAAGUGUUUCUUCGCUUCAGCAGCAACCGCCGCCGCCGGCCUAUGGGCUUGUGCCGCUUGCAACUGCUCCUGAUACAGCCGCUGACUCUCUGACGCUCAAUAACUUGAUGCCGGGAAGAUUGAUCCCUGUACAGAUGGGAACGGAUCAGCUUGGAGGCCAAUUCCAGACGUCUGCUUUGCCAAUGCCAACAGUGCCGCCACUACCUUCGCUCCUACCAGCACUAUUUCGGCCGGAGACGGUACUGCCGUCCGUGCCUAUGAUGGGCAAUAGUAUGCCGGGCAUCCCGACGGUACCCUCCAUGUUGAAUACGACAUUUCCCUUGGCAUCUAGCUCCAACCCUUGCUUCAAUAUGCCAUCAAGCCAAAUGCCGCUCAUGACGGGUACUCGCUGCCCACCACAACCGGUGCCAAAACCUCGACGCCCAGAUCCAGGAGAUCAACAGGCAUACGAGGCAUGGAUCGAGUGGCGCAAGGCAAACGAGCCAGGCUAUGCGUUGGAGUGUCGUCUGAGACAACAGCGACGAGCCCAGCGGAGCAUGACGGACAAGGUACCACCCAAGACCCAGUCAGCCAAGAAGGACGACGCCUCCGUCUCGGCAUGA